AUGUCGACUAAUACGAUCCCGAUACCCCGCGAUCCAACUGAUGACGAGGCUCUCGCCCUGUUCAAUACGGUAGAGGAGAGAUUUCCGUCGCAGACACUUGGAGACGACAAGUGGUAUGUGCUUCUGCUUGCAUCAAUCGUUGGCGGUGGACAGCCUGGCUUCGCGCCUCUGCUCUACAAAGAACUCAUCAAGCGACCCGAACACCAGACGUCCGAACAACGUCAGGCUUUGAUGCGAAGGAUACGCGAGACGCUGUUCAAACUCAUCGUGAUUGUGGGUGUGUGCAAGCCGCUGGAAGCCAUCUUCGACAUCGAUGCAAUUACGAAUCCAGAGGACAAGGACUAUACGUUUUCAAGAGAAGGAUGGCAAUGUGACGAGGCAAACUCAAAACGUGGUGCAGCAUGGCAAGGUCGCUUGUACCAGCACAACCAGGAAGGCAUCGAUAACGUGUUAGCAUCACAGAGGGAUUUCGACUGGACGAGCAAGCAGAUCACCUACGGUCUCUACUUAUCCGAUCACACCAUUCUUAACGACGUUGAGACGGAGCUCACCGUACUCAGUGGCAUCAUGAUCCAAAACCUGCCCAGGGAGACCGCCUGGCAUUUGCGCGGGACUAGACGCAUUGGCGUUAGCAAAGAUGACGUCGAGACAGUUCAACAAUGCAUCGAGCUUGUCGCUAGCUUCUGUGGCUUACGGUUGCACAAGGUGCCAAGGGUCACUGACAUUGAGCAUGAGGUAUAA